AUGGAAGAAAUCAACCAGACUAGCAGCGUCUCUGAGUUCAUCCUCCUGGGACUCUCCUCCCUGCCUGAGGACCAGAAGCCACUCUUUAUCCUCUUCCUCACCAUGUACCUGGUCACCAUAACAGGGAAUCUGCUCAUCAUCCUGGCCAUCUGCUCUGACCCCCACCUCCAGACCCCCAUGUAUUUCUUCUUGAGUUUCCUGUCGUUCACUGACAUUUGCUUCGUAACAACCAUUGUCCCCAGGAUGCUGGUCAACUUCCUGUCGGAGAAGAAGACCAUCUCCUAUGCUAGGUGUCUGACUCAGAUGUAUUUUAUAUAUGUUUUGGGCAACACUGACAGCUGCCUUCUAGCAGUCAUGGCCUUUGACCGCUAUGUGGCCAUCUGUGACCCCUUCCACCAUGUCACCAUCAUGAGCCACCACCGCUGUGUCCUCCUGGUGGCCGUCUCCUGCUCAUUGCCUCACCUCCACUCACUCCUACACACACUUCUGCUGAAUCAGCUCACUUUCUGCAACUCCAGUGUCAUCCACCACUUUCUCUGUGACAUCAACCCUCUGCUGAAAUCAUCCUGCUCCUCCACAUUUGUCAACAAUAUCACAAUAAAGACAGAAGGACUGGUUGUUUUGGUGACUCCAUUUCUAUGCAUUGUUUUUUCGUAUAUACGAAUCCUCAUUACGGUUCUCAAGAUUCCCUCAGCUGCUGGGAAACACAAAGCCUUCUCCACUUGUGGUUCCCAUUUUACUGUGGUGAUCCUGUUUUACGGAAGCGUCUUUUAUGUCUAUUUAAAGCCCUUGUCCAGCUACACUGUUAGGGACCGCGUGGCAACAAUUGUCUACACAGUUCUGUCCUCUAUGCUCAACCCUUUCAUCUACAGCCUGAGAAACAAAGACAUAAAGAGGAGCCUGGGGAAGCUGAUGGGCAGGAGGAUGUCCUAG